CGAAAAGAUACGUACUCACCCGACUGAUCAGUCGCACGUGACGGUGUUUGUCAUCAGCUUUUAGGGGCAGGGGCAACUCCCGAUAGACCCCACCAUGGUUGAUUGGGCGACCAUUUUAUUGGCAACAAUUUUGGCAGCCUUCACGCCGGGCGCCGACAAAGCAACGAGAUUUAAUUUCUGCCCUGUUGCUCUACAACUUGUCAUUUUUGGUCCUAACCAAUCUCGGCACCUUACUACUUUCCACACGUCCUCCUUCUCGACCUCUCAACCACCACCAACACCACCAUCAACCGCGUCUCUGCUUCUCUCGAGCGUCGUUAACGAAUUUCCUUUCCACAUUCCGAGCGCGUUUCCCGAUUGUCAACACAGUCCCAGCCGCAGAGGCAAACACACACAUACAAAAUGGGCGAAUCCAGACAAGAACUCAUCCAGUGGCUGAACCAGCUUCUCUCCCUCAACAUCACAAAGGUCGAGCAAUGCGGUACCGGUGCAGCUCUCUGCCAGGUGUUUGACAGCAUCUUCAUGGAUAUCCCCAUGUCUCGAGUCAAGUUCAACGUCAACAGCGAAUAUGCGUACAUUCAGAAUUUCAAGGUGCUGCAGAACUGCUUCCAUAAGCACCAAGUCGACAAGCCCAUUCCCGUCGAAGCGUUGGUCAAGUGCAAGAUGCAGGACAACCUCGAGUUCCUUCAAUGGACUAAGAAGUUCUGGGACCUGAACUUCCCCGACCAAGAGUACGACGCAGUCUCCCGGCGGAAGGGCGCUCCCGUGCCCUCUGGCGGUGGCUCCGCCCCCCGUACCGCGUCCGGUACCGGUGCUGCUGCUGCCAGACGGGGUGGCACCACACCUCUCGGCGGUGCGCGCGUCCCCAAGGCAGCAGGCCCCGGCUCAGCUGCCCUGCAGCAGGAGAACGCCACCCUCAAGGAGACGGUUGUUGGCCUCGAGCGCGAGCGUGAUUUCUACUUCAGCAAGCUCCGUGAUAUCGAGCUUCUGGUGCAGCAGGCUGUGGAGGAGGACCCCGAGCUUGAGAAGCAGGAGGACGGCCUCGUCAAGCAGAUCCAGACCAUUCUGUACUCGACGGAGGAGGGAUUCGAGAUCCCGGCCGAGGGCGAGGCUGUCGACGAUCAGGAGACCUUCUAAAUCGGGAGGCUUCGAGGCAGGGCGACGAUGACACAG